AUGGGUGAUUGGUCAUUACUUAGCCAUCUUCUAAAGGAAGUUCAGAAUCAUUCCACAGUGGUUGGGAAGAUUUGGUUGACAAUGUUGCUGAUUUUUCGUAUUUUGUUGGUCACACUAGUGGGUGAUGCAAUAUAUGGUGAUGAGCAAUCUAAGUUUACCUGUAACACCCGCCAGCCAGGCUGUAAUAAUGUUUGCUAUGACACCUUCGCUCCUAUUUCUCACCUGAGGUUCUGGAUUUUCCAAAUUGUUCUGGUUUCAACACCAUCCAUUUUCUACAUUGUGUACGUUCUGCAUAAAAUAACAAAAGAUGAAAAAUAUGAAAUGGACAAAAUGGAUAAAGAUGAUGAAAUAGAGCAUAUUAAAAGCGAUGGAAACAAUGAUCCAACCUAUCUUUCAAGUAAGGUUUUAACUGUAUACAUUAUACAUGUAAUACUGAGAGCAGUUAUGGAAAUAAUAUUUUUGCUGGGACAGUAUUACCUUUAUGGAUUUACUGUUCCAUGUUUGUUUGUGUGUUGGAUCUAUCCAUGUCCAACCAAAACAGACUGCUUCAUAUCCAGAGGCACAGAAAAGACCAUCUUUUUGAACUUCAUGUUUUGUGUUAGUCUUGCAUGUUUUUUGCUAAACAUUGUUGAGCUCCAUUAUUUGGGUUGGAUUUAUAUUGCACGAUUUCUGAAGCAGGGAUCAGAUAACCUUUCAAGUCAGGCAGCAAUUUCAUUUGAAUCUGAAUCAGUAGAAUGCACAACAAUAUGUCAGGAUGAAAAGGAAUGUGGCAAGUUGCAACAUGGAAAAAUAAAUAUGCCUGGAACAAGCAAGAAAGCUUGGGUUUAA